AAAUUCCGGGGCCGACCACGCUGAGAACAACAACUCAAACUUCUGCACCAACAUCAAGAAAAGACGGAGCACGAGGUGAUCAUAAAGGAAGCAAGAAAAACAGGGUUAGUCCUGGAGAAAACCUGGAUGAGUCUAGAAUAUUAGAAUACGAUUACGACGUGGAAUACACUCUCCCUUCUAAUGGCCCGCCCCCCAUUCAGGAGCCCCCAGGCGCGUUCAGUCGAGCAUCGCACCAUCGAGAAAACUUCAACAUAGCAGUAUUCUUCCUCUUUCUCAUGUUGGCGUGCUACGAAGGCCCGAGGUGAUGUCUGCAAUCGAAUUAGGAAAGUGGAAAAGUGGAGUGAGGAGGAAGGUGCACGGAUAGGUGAUGGCUCCCUCAUGUACCAUGGAUAUAACGAAGUGGCAAAAACAUAUCCAGAAUGAGACUGACUGAUCGAGAGAAUUCGCGUUAGAGGACUUGUAAAUAUUGUAUAAAAGUGGACUGUAUAAAAAAUAGUUAGUACAAAGUGUAUACCAGAAAAUGUGCUAAAUUGUGUAUUUAUGAACUGCUGUGAAAUUAAACGAAAUCCUAUAGUGCUCCUUGAAA